GCACAUAUGAAGUUGCACUUUAAAGAUUACAAGCAGGUCAAUCGCGCUUGCCAAAUCAUAAAUAAAUGCAUUUGCUGCUGGAUCCAAAAUGUGAAUGCGAAGCGAGGAAUUUAUCGAUCACACAUCAGUCCACGUUCAGCAGACGGAUUCAACCAAACGCCAACCGCUGAUAACAACGAGUUCGAUACGCUGUCUGGCGUUAAUCAAGUUUUAACCAUCGAUGGAAAGAUCAUGCAGCAGUCGUGUACUGAAACCUUAGUAAAUACGCCGCUCAUAAACAUGAUGGGUUCGGAAUAUUCUAUGGCCGAGUUCUUUGCAGAAGGACGAAGGAUCACAUUCGAAGUACACUACUGCCAAUUGUGUAACCUGAGAAUCACGACGCGUUUCGACAUGCAAGAACACUGUGAAAUGAUGCAUCGUCUGCAUAGCAAUUCACUGCAUGAUGAAGGUGGUUCUCAGGACAUCUUUCUCUGGUGCGAACUCCUCUGCUGCUUCCAUUCGCUUGGACAACAUGUCGACGUCGCGCUGGAAGACGACCAGUGCCCAACCGAUGACCAGGAAAACGGCUCGCAGGACAGCCAAGAGCUGCCAAAGAAAAGGCGCGAUGUCAGUUUGUGGCAAAUUCUAAAGCAAUUUUGGCACUGGUGUCAGAUGUUCAACAAAAAUUAA